UGUUUUGCAUGAUUAUAAAUCUGGAUGACACUGUAAACUGGGGCAACACCCUUGAGGCAGGUCAAAGUUCUCGGAUUUACCCGAGCCGAGUUUUUAUCAGAGACUCGGCGACCCACAGUCGUGUCUGCUGCUCUGUCACUAACAGGACGUACAGCGAAUAGGUGUUACACGCAACUUACUGCUAUACACAGAUCUCUAGAAAUGCGGGGCCUGCGGGCACUGCUGGGUGUGAUGGCCAUCACCCUCUUUGUCCCCGUCUCCCAUGGACGCCAAUGCCAGAGACUAGCACCGUGGUCUCUGGGAGAGGUUAGUCCCAUGGUCGAGGCCCGGGGCAGAGUGACGGUAGUGGCGCUACUCAAAGCUAGCUGACACUUCUGUAGAGACCAAGCCGUUAGCUUAAACAACCUAAAAGGACUAUUGGGCAGGGACUAUGGCUGGCACGAUAUCAACAUGUUCAUCAUCAACCACCACGACCACCCGUCUGUGCUGAUGGCCAACGCGUUGACCGAGCUGGUCCCCUUCCCGGUUUACCAGGACUCUACACAGCUCCACCUUUGGCGGGACAUCUUCCAAGGAUCCAAAGAUGACUUCUUUGUCUUUGACAGAUGUGGGAAACUGACAUACCACAUCCCUUUUCCGCAAAGCUAUUUGGGCUACAGCUACACCCAUGUAGCCAUAAUAAACACCUAUCAAAACAAUAUCUGUAACUGUAGCCAGAACAGUUGGUCCAGCGGUGACAUGCACGACAGAAUGAUGGGCGAUGCACCAUCACAGCCAGAACAUGCAGUCAGUCAAAAUGCCGGCCACGUAUUACCAAAGUGUGCUGCCGAAGACGGGCUUUGUCGAAUGCUUCAUCGUAUCAGAGGAAGACACGGACACAGAAGUGUGGGACACUGAAGAUGACCUAGCCAAAGCAGAGGAGUCACACACAAAUGAUUGUGUCCUUCUCUCAUCACAGAAACACAGUGAUCCUGCUCUCUCUCGGUAAAUGAGUCACACGGGGGCACUGCUCUCUGGAACUGCUCCUGACGUCAGCCAUCAGAGAUGACACGUGAACGUUGUCUUUGACAGGCCUGAUCGACAAACACACUAACCAGCCCCUGACAAGCAGACGGCAGUUGAGCAUGACGGAAUUCCAACACACACACUACUACCACUAACUGACAGUGACGCAGCAGUCGACAGAGACACUGACAGUGACACCACCAUGGUACUUGAGAGUGUCCUUUCACUUACGACAGUUGAUUGUGACCCUCAAUGUAAACUGUUGCUCAAAAUCCUACACUGUUAACCAUUAUUGAGAUAAGAAAAAAGAAACGUUUUGAACAUUAGAAAUGUAAACAGUAAUAACAAAGGUCAUAUCAAUGCGUGACUUUGUCAUCAAAAUAUAAUUGACAUUUUAAACUCCUGUAUACUCAGUCAAAAAUAAGUUAUGUUUGGUUUUCAGUAGGCACACUAUCAAGUAUUACAAUGUAUGUCAGGACAAUGGUCUAACAGUCCACCCAGUACUUGCUACUGCAAAUUGGUUUUAUUUGGUUUGCUAACAUCAGUUGAACUAUGAAGUCAUCCCAAUAAAACUCAACGGUCUUGGGGUGUUUGAUGUAAUUUCAACUGCUCUGUUGGCAAAUACAAUCAACCCAUUCUCAGUAGAAUUUUAACGUCCGAUUUGUAAAUAUAAUUAUGUAUAUAGGAAAUAGUAUUUUUAAUCAGUACGAAUUUCUGAUAAUAAUAAUCCUUGUUUCAGGACUAGAUGAUUUUGGGGAAGUUUAAUAUAUUAUCUUAGAAGGGUAUUUAUGAAUACGUAAUCCAAUAUAAUGUAGCUUAACACUGUAAAUUGUACAAGCAGAUAAUUGGAACAGCUUUAGUUGAUUUCAUUAACAUUUAUCACUGAUGUCCUGUUUAUGAGAAGACUCACAUUACAAUGUGACAGUUGUAUUUUAUUACCACGAAUAUUAUAGUUUAGUGUAAUAUGACAAAUGACGUAUAGUGCAAUAAAUUUGUGAAUUAUUAAAAUGUUAAAUGUUAGCUGGUUUCAUCUAGAAAUGAUGGGUGAUUAUAAAACUUUAAAAGGUUAAUGUCCCUGAACAUAAGGUGCUACCAGGUAACAUUUAGCAACCAGAUAAGCAAAUAAAUUUAUAAUAAAAGAUUAUUCUGUC